AUGGACCCGCCGCCCGUGCAGCCGCCGACGCUGGUGACCGCGACCGAGAUGGCCGACGACGUCGCUGCCGACGCGGUCGUCGCCGUCGUUGCCGCCGGAGCAGCGAUCGUGUACGACAACUAUUUAAACCGCCGCAUCUUCAGCUACACGGCGCACCGCGUCGGCGCCGAUGUGCUGGAGUUGGCUUCGGUCAUUGAGCUCGCUCGGCGGAAUCAGUGCGCUUUCCACGACGGCGGCGUCAACGCCGACGAAGGCCGCGCGCAGGACGUUGACCUCUGGGCUCGCAAGAUGACGCCAAUGAAACCUAUGACCGCCAGUAACCACGGACCACUGAGCCCAUCGCGAGCAAGCACGGCGGCCAGCCAUCACAGCGCCGAGCCAGGAGGCGUGGUUGCUCCAGCAGCCAACGGAAUCGAGACGCAGUCAGUCGGCUCUUCCAGCGCAACGUCGCCUCGAAGGCAGGUCUCGAUGCAGGCGAGUCCCAACAAGAAGCGCAUCGUCAAGGAAGCGCAGGUCGUGCAUGUGCCCGAGCCCGAGUGCCCCGCGGACGUCCGGUUGGCCGAAGCCAGCCGGCGACAAGCCCUUCUUCGGCUGCUGCAAGAGGCGGCAACGCCACCCGAAGACGACGCACCGCUCAAGCCAGCACCCGAGCGGCGCCGAGCGCCAGUCCCGACGAAGAAGAAGCGCCCGAAUACUCUGUCCUGCACGACGGCGCCAGCGGCCAUCGACCCCGCCGACGACGCCGUGCUCAUUGAAUUCAAUGUCUCUGACAUUGGCGACACGCGCGUGCCAAGUCGGCGACGCCACUCUACGCGGCAACACGUCACUGCGACGCACGACCGUCCCCGGCCGUCCAUUUCCGUACCCAGCAUCGCAGAGCAGCGCAGCUUCCGGGAAAAUGCGCAAAUGCGAAUACCAGAGAACGCACUGCACUCGGUCGAGAGCCUCGCGCCGGUGCCAGGCGUCAAGGUGCGAUACCCGUCUCGGGACGAAGACAGUCGACCAUUGUCCGCGCGGUCGGCCGAAAUGCCAGCCAUCACCGCCAACGGGUCCAGCGCCAAAGACGGCGAAACCCGCGCCGCCACGGCCCAGUCGUGCGCCAGCAGCGCUGGAAAGCGAACCACCACGAGAGAGGCCGCUUGCAACCCGUCCACGGGGGUGGGCACCUCUGCGUCGACCUUGUGGAAGCCCAAGAAAACCAAGAUCCAAGACCGACAGACGCAGCCGAUUCCUGUCACCCGCAAGCAGCCACAGCGCAGCCAUCCACAGUACAUUAUCGUGCAGGAGUGUUCGCCACCUACGCGUGCAUGUCAAGUCGUUCGGGUCGUAUCACCACCCAAGCCCACCAAGCCGCCGUCACAGACCACUGCGUCGCCUCUGAUUUGCCGCCGCACCAAGCUCAAGUGACGCGUCGUACAAUGCGCACCGGUCGCUCCACCAACAUCCUCCACCAACACACUUAAAUAGUGCGAUUACCAGGAUUCCCAUCAUGUCUCGAC